GAUGUGCCGGAGCUCCGGCGGCUGCUGAACCGAGGGCUGGCCGCGCGUACAGUGGCCAGCCACGCCAUGAACGCCGAGAGCUCCCGAUCCCAUGUCAUGUUCACGGUCAAGGUCACCACAACCAACCGGGCUACCAAAGAGUCGCUGACGGGAAAGAUCGUCUUGUGCGACUUGGGUGGCUCCGAGCGGCUCAAGAAGAGCGAGGUGACGGGCGAGAACAUGAAGGAAGCCAUCGAGAUCAAUCGAUCCCUGACGGCUCUCGGGGACGUCAUCGAG